AUGUGCUCUGUUGAAAAUGAUGAAGAAGAAAAGUCGACUGUGCGCACUUUGAACGAUGUCGGAUGUGUCCUCCCCCUCAGGCUCUCUGAGUUCGUCGAAUGGAAUGCGCAGGUCAAGUUUUUCUUCUCAAUUUUCCGUUUAAUAGGUUCGCAGAGUAAAUCAAGUGAGGGUUCGGUUUCCGCACACUCUCAUGUCAAUCAUCGCGACAUAUUUGGAAGCGAUACCGAAAGCGAAAACUCAGAAGUUGUUUCACCUGCCCGAAAUCAGAAAACUAUGGAUGUUUCGUCUGACGACAGUGAGGAGAACACUUAUGCGAAGGUGUCUUCGUCCAAUCUCCAUAAUACUGCUGUUAGUACAAGAGACAUCUUGGGAUCUUCUUCUUCAGAACCAGAGUCUGAAGAUGACGUACCACUGGAAAAUAAUAAAGUCCGGUCCCCACCAACUUCUAGUGAUGAUUCCAUUUGGGGCUCUUCCAAAAAGCGUGGUUUUGCCAACGAAGUCGAAGAUCUCAAUGGGCGUGAGCAAGACGGUCAUCAAGAACCAGUAAUAGAGGAAGAAGAAUCCGACGAGAUUCGUAUCGCCGCGGAUUUCCCUCCUAUUCGUGCUGAUCUUGGCAGGGAAAUGUACUUGGUGAAGAUGCCGAAUUUUUUGUCAGUUGAAACUCGCCCAUUUGAUCCUGCCUUCUAUGAGGGUGAGCUGGACGAGGAUGAGGUUCUUGAUGAAGAGGGCCGUACAAGGCUCAAACUAAAGGUCGAAAAUACGAUUCGUUGGCGCCUUGGUAAAAAUGCAAAUAAUGAAGUCAUUCAAGAGUCUAAUGCUCGGAUGGUUCGAUGGUCCGAUGGAUCGUUGUCCUUACACCUUGGUGAUGAGAUCUUUGAUGUUCAUAAAAUGGACAUUCAGUCCGACUUUAAUCAUCUUUUUAUCAGAGAAGACAGGGGCCUUCAGGGUCAAUCUAUUUUUCGGAGUAAACUCAGUUUUAGACCCCACUCAACCGACUCAUUCACUCAUCGCAAGAUGACUCUUUCUCUUGCUGAUAAGACAAGCAAAUCGCAAAAGGUGAAAAUCCUACCCGUUGCAGGCGCAGAUCCGGAGUCGAAUCGGAGUCUGGCAGUGCGCAAGGAGGAAGAACGACUGCGUGUGGCGCUGCGUCGUGAGAGUCAGCAGCGGCGUAUGCAGGAGCGCCAGCUUGCGGCAGCCUCGGCACACCGCCAGCGUCGGCCCGCCCCUGGUCCCUCCGGCUACGAGAGUUUCGGUGACAGCGACGCCGACAUCGCUGGCAAUUCCGUGUCACUGAGCGCAAUUAAGAGGAACGCUAGAGCUGGCUUUCUCUCUUCGCAGAAAAAUAGGGGUCGGUCCGUCUCUGAUUCGGAUGAUGCCUCCAUGAGUGACCUUUCUGACGCACCACGGCGGAAAAAGGCGCGGAUUAGUGAUGAAGACGAUUCGGGUUAA